UGGAAGUGCAGCUUUCGUGGACGCGUCGGUCUCGGAUCAAGGCCCUAUAAUAACUGUGGGUCGGCUCUGUGGACUCGCCAAUUAUGCCUGGUUCGAGCACUCGUCGGGGCAAGCGUGAGGGGCGGGUCAGGCCACAGACCGCUUCAGAAAAGCCACUGGAGCUGGCCACCCACCGGCUGGGGGCGAAGUCGGGUGACGUGACGAAGUGCGAGCCGGAGGAGCCGGUGCCGGGCGAGUUGCGGGAGACCCCCAGCCUCCUGGUGAAGGACCAGGUGGGGGCCGAUGGCUGGCAGGAGCGGCCGCCACAGACGUCGUUGUCUGGCUGCUCGCCGGCCGCUGCGGAGGCUGCGGGGGCUUGCUCUGGGUCGCCGCUCACCGGGCAGUGUGACCCGGCCGAGCCGGCCGAGGCGGCGCUGGGCCCGACCGGGCACGAGCUCGACCCCGACUGGGUCAGUGAGGAGGCGCGCCUGCGGGCCGAGACGGAGCGCGAGGAGCAACGCAUGCGCCGCGAGGUGCGGCUCCGCAAUGAGCACGAGCUACGCGAGGUGCGCUACAAGCGGCUGCUGCGUCUGCUUAACACCAGCCAGUUCUACGUCAACCACUUGGUCACCAAGAUCGACGAGCAACACGAGAAGCUGAACGCGACGCUGGCGAAGAGCGCUGCGCGCUCCAGGAAGCGUCCGGCGGCCGAGGGUGCGCCGGAGACCGUGCGUCGGUCCAGCCGAGCAGGCGCCGGCAACAAGGAGAACGUUUCGGUCGAGCCGGCUACCAAGCGGCCGGCCCCGGCUCGUCGCGGGCGACCGCGCAAAGCGGCCCGUACCGACGACGGCGGUUCGUCCUCGUCGCAGCCGAGCUCGCAAGAGGAGCCGCAGGGGCAGGAGCAGGAGCCGCCGCGGCAGGCCGACGCUGAGCCAACGGAGGACGGCGGCCAGCCGCGCCUCUUGAGCGGCGGCACCCUGCGCGACUACCAGCUCGAGGGCUACAACUGGCUCAAGGUGAUGUUCGAGAACGGCGUCAAUUGCAUACUGGGCGACGAGAUGGGGCUGGGCAAGACGAUCCAGUGCAUCAGCCUGAUCGCGUACCUGGUGGAGCAGUCGGUCGUGGGGCCAUUCCUCGUGAGCGCGCCGCUCUCCACGCUGCCCAAUUGGCUGUCCGAGUUCCGCCGCUUCUGUCCGGCGCUUCCCGUCGUGCUGUACCACGGUCCGGACCGCGAGCGUCUGCUCGCGGAGAUCGGCCGCUUCCACCGCGUGGACGGCUGCCGCGUGCCCGUGCACCCCGUGGUGCUGACCACGUACGAGAUGGUCAUCCGCGACUCGCGCAAGUUGAGCCGCUUCCAGUGGCGCUACCUCAUCAUCGACGAGGGCCAGCGCAUCAAGAACCACGAGUGCCAGCUGGUGCGCGAGCUGCGCCGCUACUCGUCCGUCAACCGACUCCUGCUGACCGGCACGCCUCUGCAGAACAAUCUGGCGGAGCUGUGGUCGCUGCUCAACUUCCUACUGCCCGAGAUCUUCGACGAUCUGGCCGUGUUCGAGUCCUGGUUCGACGUGGGCAGCAUGGCGACGGACGAGGACGACGCCAAGAUCGUGGAGCAGGAGCGCGAGAAGCAGGUGGUGUCGACGCUGCACAAGAUCCUGACGCCGUUCCUGCUGCGCCGCGUCAAGCGCGACGUCGAGCUGCGGAUACCGCCCAAGCGCGAGGUGCUCGUCUACUGCCCGAUGGUGGACGAUCAGGAGCGGCUGUAUCGGGCGGCGGUCGACCGCUCCAUCGCCAAGCUCAUCGGCGAGCGCAACGGCGACGACGAGGACGAGCCAGUCGAGCUGGACGGGCGCGGCCGGCCGCGUCGCUCGUGCAAGGGAGACAUCAGCUUCGAGUUCCUCUUCUCGGACGGCGCCGACGUGCUGGAGGACGAGUCGCGCUGGGAGGCCGGUCUGCAACUGUUGGAGGAGUCGCGUGCCGGUGUCCCGCGUUCCAAGAAGCCCAAGCAUAUGCGCAUCCACUUGCCGAUGCGGUCGAUGAUGAUGUUGAUGCGCCACCUUGUGAACCAUCCGUUCCUUGUGGAGCACCCUAUCGAUCCGGAGACGAAGGAGUACCGGCUGGUGCCCGAGCUGGUGGAAAAGAGCGGCAAGCUGAUGGUGCUGGACGCCAUGGUGACGCGGCUGCGCGCCGCCGGCCACAAGAUCCUCAUCUUCUCGCAGUUCGUCAUAAUGCUGGACAUCCUGGCUGAUUUCCUGACGCUGCGUGGUCACGCGUUCGCGCGGCUGGAUGGUGCCGACUCGAUCGCGACGCGCCAGAAGAGCAUCGACGCCUUCUCCUCCGACCCUGACCUCGGCGUCUUUAUCAUAUCCACGCGCGCCGGCGGCCUGGGCAUCAACCUUAGCGACGCCGACACCGUCAUUAUCUACGACAGCGACUGGAACCCGCAGCGGGACCUGCAGGCGCAGGACCGUGCUCACCGGAUCGGUCAGACGCGACCGGUGGUGGUGUACCGGCUGGUCACCGGCGGCACCAUCGACGAGCGCAUCGUGGAGCGCGCCGCCGCUAAGCGGAAGCUGGAGAAGAUGGUGAUGCACACGGACAAGUUCAAGUCGGGCCGCCGGGAGCAGGUGAACUCGAGCCUGGCGCCGAUCACGCCCGAGGAGCUGCUGGCGCUGCUGCGGCAGCAGCAGCACCAGCGCGUGGUGCGCGCCGGCGGCCAGGUGUUCAGCGAGGAGGAGCUGGACCAGCUGCUGGAUCGCUCGGAUAUGCUGCAGGCCUGGUCCGGUCAGAAGGCUGAGCUCAAGCGACGCGAGACGACCGGAGUCUUCAAGGUGCUGGAGGAGGUGCAGGGUACGCUGUAGCCUCGGGCUGGGGUCACUGCCGUCGUGUGCAGGCGCCGGAGGUGUGAGCUGCGCGCGUGCCGGCCAUAAGACGGGGGUCUGGUGCUGAGGGCGUGAAGAUUACGGUACGCCGCUAGUGUUAGCCGGGCACGGUACAGGAGGAGGAUGUCAACAGGGAGGUGGAGAUUUGGGCACUGAAAAUCGUGUACUGGCAGUGCGAUGCGAGUGUCAUAGUCGUGAGGGCACGUAGCGAGACAUGUGAUGUUCUUCCUUGUCUUAAAGCCGGAUAACCCAGAUUCUCGCGGCGGCUUAAGUAAAUUUGUUUCGUGCAUUCCGCAGUCUGAAUCGCCAUACUCGAUCUCCGUUAUGAUGUGCGAGAAAGCCGCGCGCCUUCGACGGACGGUGUGGUCGGAUUGCACCGUUGGUGAACAAACGCUCUUUCGUUUCACCGGCGCAGUGUUAUUCCGCUGACAUUCCGAGUGCCCUGGCAUUUUGCUCCAGCGGUGGAUUUUGUAAGAACUAGCCAAGGACAUCUGUGGUUCGCGUUUGAAAUGGCGUGUGUGACGCCUGUAGUACUUGACUAGGGCAUAGAAUAAAUGCGUUUUC